UUCUCACCUACACCCUGAAAAAAAAAUUAAGUCACGAAGUAAUCACACGAUGAACAAAUUCGUGCUAAAUGGACCUAAAGACACUUCGGGGAUCCCGCAUAAACCCGUCGGAAAACUACUAAUGGACGCUUUUAGUACUUUUGACAAAAAUGUCGUCGCUGUGGUGAAUCCCACCACCGGGGCUUUCCUCACGUACCGACAGUUGUGCCAAAUGGGUAAAAAUUUAGCAACGAGUCUCCGACUUUUGGGAUUAUCUAAAGACGAUGUGGUUGGACUGGUGGCUGAAAACUCUGCAGAGUUCUUAGUUGCGUAUUUAUCCGGUUUAUUUAUAGCAGCACCCGUACACCUGAUCAACCCUAAGUACACACCUUACGAACUAAAUCAUAUUUUGGGUUUAUCCGAACCCAGUGUGUUAAUUUGUACGAAAAAAACCCACCCCAGUGUUCGAGAGGUUGCACAAGAUUUAGACUACAUUAAAACGCUAAUUUGUUUGGACGUCGAAAAAAUGUUGUCUGCGUGCUCACACGAAAGUGACUUUCAAGUCGAAGACAAUGUUGACCCUGAAGAACAUAUCGCAGUGAUUUGCAACUCGUCGGGAACCACCGGUCUGCCAAAAGGGGCCAUGAUAAAUCACGAGAUGUUGCGAUUGCACUUCACUAUCGGAAGGCACCCAGAUUUCCUUGACUUAAAAAUUGGAGACAGGUUUCUCCUAGUUGUGCCUUUUUUCCAUAUUUACGGAAUGAGUAUGAUCAAUGCUGCCUUGUUUACUGGAACCACCAUAAUACCAGUCGACGCUUUCGAACCGGAUCUUUUUUUGAAAACAGUUCAAAACUAUAAAAUCAAGACGCUACUUCUAGUGCCAACUUUGGCUAAUUUUUUCAUUAAAAGUCCGCUAGUCGGAAAAUACGAUCUGUCAAGUGUCAAGCGUGUUGUAUCUGCUGGAGAUUGUCUGCCUGAAGAAGAUGCGCGCCAGCUGAAAAAUAAGUUAAGUUUACAGAAACUGCAAAUCGGUUACGGAUUGACUGAAUCAGGUAUAGCUACCUGUAGCCAUGACAACCCCAGCAGCAUUGGCAAAGUUCUUUGGGGUUAUCAAAUGAAAGUUGUUGAUUUGGAAAAAGGACACGCUCUUCCUCCUUUUCAAAAUGGAGAGCUUUGCAUCAAAGGUCAAAUUAUGAAAGGAUAUCUCAAAAAUACUGAAAAAAACAAAGAAACAAUCGACUCGGAAGGCUUCCUUCAUAGCGGGGACGUUGGUUAUUAUAACGACGAAGGCUAUUUUUAUAUUAGUGGAAGAAUGAAAGACCUUAUUAAAUACAAAUCUUGCCAGGUAGCUCCAGUCGAACUGGAGCAAAUUUUGAUUAAAUUCAAAGGUAUUAAGGAGGUCGCUGUUGUUGGUAAACCAGAUUCGCGAUUCGGGGAAUUACCAACUGCAGUUGUUGUGAAGGAACAAGGUGUCGAAAUGACAGAAAAAGAAAUCUGUGAAUACUUAGCGAAAUUUGUUUGUGAAGAGAAACGUUUACAUGGAGGGGUUCAAUUUGUUGAAGAAAUUCCCAAAAAUAAUUUGGGAAAAAUUAAGCGCCAGGAAUUGAUAAAGCAGCUGUUUACUGAAUAGAUUAAAGUACGGUAUCAUUGUGGCGUGGUAGAACAAAACUGUAGAAGCGAAAUUUAUAUCUUGUUAUUCUUUGAUUCAAGGGUGUAAGGUAGUAUUAUUAUCUUUAAUAUAGAAGUGUAUAACCUGCUGAAAACCUAUGAAAUACGUACAACACUAACCGUCAAAAGCAAACCAAGCACUAAUAUUCUUUAAGCACAACGUAGGUCCUCUUUUGU